AUGAGGUAUAGGAUCGAUCCAAUUGCAAACUGCUCUGUCCGAGCAUCAUUGUGCCCGAAGGUUCCCUUCUCCGUUCCAGCCUCCGGCCCAAGAGGACGAGCAUACGGGGGCGCGGACGCCUCCUUGUCAGUUCCAAUCCGUGCCACGCAAUCGAAGUCACUCGAGGACUACGCGCCCGGUGGAUACCACCCGACUCUCAUCGGCGAUGCCUUUUGCAGUGGUCGCUACGUGGUCGUGCACAAGCUCGGAUUUGGUGGAUAUUCAACCAUCUGGCUCGCCCGGGAUCAGCAAACCCAGCGCUACGUCUCGCUCAAGAUCCUGACUGCGAGAGCUUCGCGAGAAUGUCAUGAGGCGGACAUUAUUCAGCACCUGAUGAAGGGCGACCCGACCCAUGCUGGGAAGCGAUUCAUUCCGCCACUCCUUGACCAAUUCUCGUUUGAUGGCCCCAACGGACAUCAUCGGUGCUUGAUCGAAGAGCCCGCUGGCUGCAGCAUUUCCAAGUCCAAGGAGGACAGUGCAGACUUCAUGUUUCCACCGGACGCUGCAAGGUCCACUGCCGCGCAACUCCACUUGGGAUUGUCCACGGUUGAGCUCUACAAGCGAUUCGGCGAACCCUUCGAGGUUCCCAUCCGGCGAGUGGAUGGAAAGCCAGGUGGACCGCACGCACCGCCACAUGCCAUCUAUCCCAUGACCUUGGGCGUGCCUGCCAACGAGCUGGAUGAUCAAGAAGUCAUCAUCUCCGACUACGGAACGUCUUUUAUCGUAUCACAGACGCCGUCACCGACUCUCCACACGCCCGCCCUCUAUGCACCACCAGAGGACUUUUUUCAUGAGCCCAUCACUCGACCAGCCGCAGCCGACAUAUGGACGCUGGGCGUCAACUUGUACGAGGUGUUGGGCGAGCGUCCACUCUUCGAAACCUUUGCGUGGGAUCGAGAUGAUAUCAUCGGGGAGAUGAUCAACACGCUGAGCCAACCGCCGACGAGAUGGUGGGACUCUUGGGCGAAACGGUCCGAGUUCUUCGAUGCGGACGGGUCAUGGGUCGCUGAUUUCGGCCGGAUCGGUACUCCCGUGUUUCGGCGCCUGCAUCAGCGCCUCUGGGACAUGGGACGUGGCGAGACGGAGCAGACUUGUGUAUGGGACGUUGCCGGUGGCGAGCUGCGUGCGUUGGAGGGGAUGCUCAGAGCGAUGAUUGCGUUUGAGCCUGCGGAUCGACCGACGGCGGAUCAACUCCUGAAGUUCGAGUACAUGACGAAGUGGGCGUUGCCGGCGUGGGAGAGGCAGAAGCGGGCUGGCCCUGUACGUGAUCAUUAG